AUGGCGGGGGCAUUGAGGGAAUCCAUGAACAUACUUAGGGCAGAGACCCAAGCUAGAGAGAAUGUUGCGGAGACAAGGACGAGCUUCUUCACGAGGGAGUUUUUGCGGGCCAAACCGGAUGAAUUCCAUGGCGGCCCCGAGCCAAAAAAAGUGGAUGAAUGGCUUGAACAGAUUGUGAAGACUUUCGAGAUGCUUCACAUCAAGAACAGUGAGUUGAGGGUGACCCUAACAAGUUACUAUUUGAAGGGUGACGCAGGCCAGUGGUGGAAGUAUGCCAAAGGCCGUAUAGAACUGACAUGGGAAGCAUUUGUGGUGGCCUUCCAAGACAAGUAUUUACCUCCUACUGCUAGGGAGAGGUUGAGGCAGGAAUUCAAGGACCUUAAGCAACUGAAUAUGUCCGUGGUCGAAUUUGAAGCGGCCUUUUCUAGUUUGUCCCGGUUUGCACCAGAAUUGGUAGCGACGGAGGAGCGCCGUUGCUUUGAGUUCGAGUAG